AUGUCAACUUGGAGCAGCCAGCUGAGGCAUCACUACCGGCAGCUUCAAGUUGCCCUGGGCAGAGUGCGCAAGGAACAGGAGAAGAGAGACGAGGCUGCUACGAGCUCACCAGCUACGUCGAGGCCGGCCCGGUCCUCUCCUCCCUCUACGAGUUCUCCGAGGCGGGCGAGCAGAGAGACCCAGGAGGAGCCCCACGGUGAGGACGAUGCGGAUGAAGGCGAGACGGUUGCCCCCCCUGAAGAUGAUCGCGACGAGCUCUUGGCCGACGAGGACCGGGGAAAUGCCUCUCCUUCAUGGCGGCGGUCGCGCCGCAAGAAUCGGGACACCGAUACGGACUCGGACGACUCCACCCGUGCCCUCGCCGACAUCGCCUUGUGGGAGCGCUACGAUGAGACCUUGCCUGAUGUUCUGCCCAGCGAGUUGCUGGGAUGGCUGUUGCUGCGUCGCGCUGGACUCAGCCAUCAGGCCUCCUUGGCGGUGCAGUCUGCUGCUUCAGGCUCCCUUCGGCUGGAUGAUAUAGAGAAAGCCCUGCGGGCCAUGGAAGACGAGAUCCUUGGCCAGGAGCUUCGACCUCGCGGACUUGGCGGCAAAGGACAUGGGCGCCAUCGCACCUAUUGGGUGGAAGAAGGAGGCGAGUGGUCAAUGUGGCUGGGCGAGAACGGCGACUUGGAUGAGCUCUUUGAUGGUGGCGAGAUCCACUAUGUCGGCAAGAAGCUCCCUCCACAGGUUCAUCCGGAGCCCUACGUCGCCCCUGACUAUGCCGAGGAAUGGACCUACUAUGGCAGUGGUUGGGACUCCUAUCCAGAUGAAUGGUCUGGGUGGGACUAUGACUCCUCCUGGUGGUACGACGACUUGCCACCCGAUCAGCAGCAGGAGUUGGAAGAAGCGUAUGCGGCGGUGGACCAGAAGGCCCGGACCUUCGUGGAGGCUCGGCAGGCGGUGAAGGCCAGGAACCUGUCCCGUGGCUUCUACCCGUUUGCUCCGUCGACAAAAGGAGGCGCCUUUAAGGGAAAGAAGGGCAAAGGAAAGGGCAGACCCAAGGGCAAGGGCUAUGGAUCCGCGGCCUCGUCUUCUUCCCCUCCGGUGUUGGCAGUGUCAGGCUCUCCUAGCCUGAAUGAUGAUGGCAGUGGCUUCUUGGGAGCAGCUGUGGGUGAUCCUGCCUACACCGGCUGCUUUAUCUGUGGCAGCAAGGCCCAUGACUUUCGCCAUUGCCCAAAGCGCCAGAAUAAGGGUGGUGGCAAGGGAUCCGUGCAUUUUGCUUCGGAGGUGGCCACCAUUUUCUACAGCGAGGAUUCCCUUGGUACCCUGAAUUCUACUUCUUCUUGGCCUCCCUCUCCGGUCUAUGCGAUUCAAGAGGACGGGACCGAGGAGGAGAUCUUCUCCCAGGAUCCCUCUGAAGACUUGUCGGGCUACGCUGUGCUCGACUCUGGGGCUACCGAGACGGUGGCUUCCUUACCUGCUUUGGAGGCCUUGAUGAGAGUUCGCCAGGGUUCCAGUGAUUUUCAAGCUGCAGAACGUUUUCAGGUGUUGGACCAGCCCCCGAAGAAAUUCAAGUUUGGGAAUGGAGAGUUUGCGGUGUCCUCGUCUUUCCUGUUGCUUCCUCAGCAGAUAGGUGAUCAUCGUGUGGAUCUGGGAGUCUACACGUUGGAUGUGGUUGGCGUUCCAGUGCUUAUAGGCAUUAAGACUAUGAUGCGUCUUCAUGCAGUUGUGGAUUUUGCCCAUUGCCGUGCUGUGUUCGCUGCGGUUGAUGCAGGUCCGGCCAGCAGCUUCAUGGUGCAAGGGCAUGACGAACCAGAGUUGCCAAGACUAGGAUUUCCCUGCAUUGGUGAUGACUUCUUCAUCUUCGCUGCAGCCUUCAGCAGAUCAAGCGGUAGACCCUAUGCGCUCCCUGGCUGUCUUGGCUGGACUUGUCAGCCUUCAUGGCCAAGCCAUCGGCAGCGGGAAAAUCCAAGACCAAAGAAGGCGGCCGAUCCCCUCGACGAGGAGAGGACGGAGGGACCAGAUUUGAGGGACCCCCGGGUGAAGGGAGGCCCGUGCUUCGGGAACCACAAGGUGGCAAAGGCCUACAAAGGGAGUGUGUCGGGCAGCAACCAGUAUGGGAGCUGGACAGGAUGCGAAGUCUGCAAGAUCAGACUUUCUUACACUCCGAGGAUGGGGUGUCAUGGCAUCCAUCGCAAGAGCGCACCCCUGGCCAAGGAUGUCACCAGUGUUCUCGAGGACCUCCCGCCAGAGACGGAAGCCUACCCGAGCAACAAGGAGAUCUCUUUGACGGCGGCCGAGAACUCAGCGCUGGCGAGACUGGAACAUCUUCGCCGCCUUCGCAAGGACGGCCACUCCAAGAACACCGGAACUCAUGCUACGCUGGUGGAGCCGGCGGACCCCGAGGACCCGGUGAAGACCAAAGAUCAAUCCAGCAAGAACACCGGGGACCCCGUGAAGACCAGAGAUCAAUCCAGCAAGAACACCGGGGACCCAGUGAAGACCAGAGAUCAAUCCAGCAAGAACACCGGGGAAUCCACGAAUGUGUCCACAGGUCAGCAGUCGACAGGGUCCAGUCCAAUAUCCCCAGGUACGAUCGUGGUGGAUCCAGAGGAACUCCCCCGGCAUCCUGGUCGGAAGGCAGCCAGGCCCAGCACGCAGAUCGCGGAGGAGUUGGAUCAGGUCGAGGGCUUUGCGGACUACCUGACCUCCCAGAAGGCUUUCGAUUACCAGUCCAUGGAAGAGCUCCUCGGCAUGAUGAAACCCCGCACCUUUAUUCCGGGGAGGGCAUCUUCGGUGCCCGAGCGGAAGGCUGGUUUCUCUAUGGUAUUUGGCCUGUAUGCCCAUGGCUCCUACUUUGGGUGCACUCGGGCCUCCCGGAUGUAUCCUUCAGUGUGUCGUUAUCUGAACUUUUGCUUUCGGAACUUCGGCUCUGAGGCCGUGAGCCACUGGACGUCGGUGAGCGUGUUGGUGAACAUGAAGGGCUCGAUGCACCUGGAUGCCCACAAUGACUCGUCUUCGUAUAACUUGGCAGUGGGACUUGGCCCUUACGAGGGAGGAGAGCUGUGGGUGGAACUCCGUGACGGUGAUCCUUCCACACCAAAUCUUCCGCUCUCCUGGAGAGAGAUUCCUGGUGGCAAGCGAGCUCCUGGGCAGGUGCAUUCGACGAGAUGGUGUCCGACCACCUUCUCUCCCAAGCGCUACCACAAGACUCUGCCUUGGACCGGUACGCGGUACUCCGUGAUUGCUUACACUGCACGGAGCUGGCCGGAAGCCCAGAAUGAUCCUGAAGUACUUCAUCAACUACGACGCCUCCAAUUCCCUCUCCCGAGCUCACCUUUAUCACUGGCUCCCGGAGAGAUGCUGGCAGCCUUCGAGGGAGACCUCAACGAGGGGGAGGAACCAGACGCGACCUACGAAGAGGAGCAGCUCACUCAGGAUACCAGGACUUUGAAGGUGGUGAACCUGUGCACCCCGUGGCUCGACCCUCUGGCUCUGGAACAAGUACUCCAAGAACAGGAAUGGAAAUACCAGGGACUUUCCCUUCCUGAAGGAUGCGACCUCUCAACGCAUUCGGGCUUUCAGACCGCUAAAGAGCAGAUUGGCCUCUUGGGGCCUGAGUGGUUGUGGUGCCAUGUUCCUCGCGGCCCUACCCAGCUGUUUGCUGGGGAGCAGGGAUGGGACGAUCCCCGUCGGGCUUCGAAAGCCAAGCGCUACCUGAAGGUGCUGCGCCACCUCCUUUUGCUUUCCCGGGAUCACUUGAUCAAGGGCGGUAAGCUCAUGUGGUUGAUCCCCCCUGACAGCUUGGCUCCCUCAGUCCGAGAAGUGCAGCGUUUUUGGAAUGUUCACGGCCGAGGUUCCUCUCUUCACGUGUCUUCGGCGACCCAGGUUCUCUCCAAUGUGUUGGACGUUGCCGAUCUGCGACCGUCGACCCCUUCAAGUAAGUUUUGGACCUCAGUGACCACCACCUCAAGUGCUGCUACGGCUUGGAUGCUGGAGGCAGAGGGAGAUACUGUUUUCCCAGUGGAUACCAGCUGCCUCAAUACCUUGACUACCAGUGAGCUGGAACGGCUGAUGCAACAUGUUCGUCAAUUACAUCGGCGUUUCGGGCAUCCCUCGAACCGCCUCCUGGUCAAGAACCUACUCCACCGCAAUGCCGAUGAAAAGGUGGUGGCUGCAGCCUCUCAGCUGGAGUGUGAUGAAUGCCUGGAGUCCCAGAUCAAGAUGCCUUCCCCAGCUGUGAACUUGGAUAAGUGUGAAAAGCUGUGGUCAUGCCUGCAGGUGGAUGGGUUCCACUUGCGUUGUGGUGCCACGGUUUAUCAUUUCCUCUUGAUGGUGGAUGAGGCCAGCGGCUUUGCAGUUGUCCGGGAGAUGUUCUCCCAUCCCGAGGAGGACCAUCAGAACAUGUCCGGUCCUGAGGUCGUUCAGGUCUUACAAGAGGCCUGGUUUCAGUACUUCGGCUACCCGGACACGAUCAAGUUGGACUUGGAGGGUGCCCUGAGGAGCCGUGCCCUGCAUGAGGCGUGUGCCGACAAGGGGAUUGACCUCGUUCCGGCCCCCGCGGAGUACCACGAGAUGAUUGCGGAUGUUGAAAGGGAGAUCGGCUAUGUGAGGCAGCACCUGGAACGCUUCUUACGUGGAGGAGCUUUUGAGAAGCCAGGGCAAGCAGCCUUGGCGGCAGUGACUGCCCAUAACAGCCUGGCCCGGGUGCAUGGAUUUUCUCCCUUACAAUGGGCUCUGGGUCGAGACAUGUCUUUGGGACAAAGAGCCUCUGAUGCCCCUGGUGACCAGAUUUCCGCGACCCGGACCACGACCUUCAACAACCACGGUAACCUUCGCUUGGAGGCUGAGCAAGCCUUUUUGAAGUAUCGAGCAGAUCAGCUUGCAUCCCGCGCUAAGAAUGCCAAGGUCAGGGUGCAAGUGAGGUACUUCCCAGGGGACAUGGUCUUCUACCGACGCCAUAAAACUCCUGCUGACCUGCCGGCGAACUCGUGGGUAGAUCGACCUCGUCUUCGAGGAGCCCGUUGGUAUGGGCCGGCUCGCGUGCUCGCCUGUGAGACCAAGACUGAAGAAGGGUAUCGUAAACCCUCUCAGUAUGUCUGGGCCAUCUGCAGUGGAAGGUUGAAGAAGUUCCACGCCACCCAGCUCCGGCACGCCUCCCCUAGCGAGCGCUUAACUCACGAGGCCCUGAGAGACAUCACCAUGCCGUGGACGAUGACUUCCUUGACCCGGCUUCUUGAUAAAGGUUCUUAUGAUGAUGAGACCAGGGCCCGACCGUCAAGGAAUGUGGUGUUGGGGCGCAAGAAGCGGGGACUUCGACGGCGACCGGGCGAGGCCUCACCUCCUCUACCACGACAAGGUGUUCAACCUCCACGACUUCCUGAUGCUCAACCGGAUCCUCCCAUCUCGGACGAGGAGAUGAUCCCGGACGCGGAGAUGAGAAAAGCUCCUCGCCUUCACGAGCCAGCGACUGCGACUAGCUCCUCAACCCCUGAGCUCGACGUUGACCGCCUCCUGAAUGAUCCUCGAUACAUGCCUUCCUCUCGAGCAACUGGGUUCCGAGAGCAGCGGCGACUACAUGAACAAGGAGAUCGCCCCUGGCAUGUUCAGCACGGCCAGCUUCUGUACUCCGAGGAGGAGGUUGGGUCAGGCAUCUACGCGGUGACACUGGAUAUGCCUGCCAACGACAAGGAGUGGCGCAAGGUGCUGAAGGAUCCACGUAAGUUUAUGGCGAAGUCGGUUCAAAAGGGGGUGGAAGUCAGCUGGAAUCGCCUGAAUGAUGCCCAACGGGCAGCGAUGUCAGAGGCCAAGAAGGCUGAAGUUGAUUCCUGGAUAGCCAAUCGAGUGGUGAAGGCUGCCCUUCCUCACAUCACGAAGGAGCAAUCCCUUCGGAUGAGAUGGAUCUACACCUUUAAGGCGGCUGAGCCCGGGAAGAUCAAAGCAAAGGCGAGGAUGGUCAUCCUCGGCUAUAGUGACCCGUCGUUGUUGGAGCAGGCCAUGAAUCUGACCGAGGACCAGAUGGUUGAACUCCUUGGAUCUGCCUACGGCCUUACCUCAGCCCCGCGGGAGUGGUAUCAAGAUCUCACAUCCACUCUUCGACGUCUUCAGGCCCAGGCAUGCCUUUCCGAUCCAUGUAUUUGGAGGCUAUUCGAUGAAUCCGGUGAAAAGGUGAUCGGGCUCAUUGGGCUGUACGUCGAUGACAUUCUGUUUUGCGGCGACGAGGGAAGCGAGCUCUACUGCCAGUUCUUACAUGACCUCCACCAAGCCUACUCUUGGAGUCCCUGGGAGAGUGACAACUUUAGUCACUGCGGGGUUCGAGUUCAGCAGUUUGCGGACGCUAGCAUUUUGCUGGAUCAUUCUGAGUUUUGCUCAGAGUUGGUGCAGAUGCCCUCGCGAAGCAAGGAUGAUGACUCGGAGCUCACCGCUCAGGAGAUUUCUCAGGCCAGGGCCAUCCUGGGAUCGAUCCAAUGGAGGGCCUCGCAGACGGCUCCCCAGCACAGUGCUAAGGUUUCCUACCUACUGUCCAUGUUGGCUACCAAGAAGGGCGAGGUCGUGGAUAUGGUGAACAAACUGGUCCGCGAGGUGCACCUUGCCAGGCACGUCGCGGUGAAGAUAAAGCAGUUGGAGUGUGACCCAGCCCGCAUGAUCCUAGUGGGCUGGUCGGACGCGGCUGUCGCCAAUAGGCCUGACUUGCAGUCAACUGGAGGCCAUUUGUUUGGUCUGAUGAACCCUCAGGAAGUCCAGCAGGGGUACGGGAAAGUGAAUGCCAUUACCUGGAAGUCGAGCCGAUUGAACCGGGUGGCAAGAAGCAGCCUCUCAGCCGAGACCCAAGCCCUCGCGGAUUUGGAUGGCGAAAUGAUGUACGCACGCCUUACGUGGGCGGAGAUGAAUGGCUACAGAGGCGACAUGAAGCUUAAGGAUGAGUGGAUCAGGGCCAUCCCGGCGAUCAUGGUCAUCGACGCCCGAGCUCUCUUCGACGCCCUUGAACGAGGCGACCUGACGAUCUCCAGCAUGAAAGACAAGUUUUCUGCGCUGGAGACCUUGGCACUUGCCCAAAGCAUGUCUACGCUGGGUACUCAGUUGCAAUGGACCGAUAGCGACCAUCAGUUAGCUGACGGUCUGACAAAGAUCCAGAAGCAAGACCAGCUCAAGCGCUUUUUGGCAAGUGGCUGUUGGAGACUUCGCCAUCCUGGGGCACUGAUGAGUGCCAAGAAGCGGCGUGCUUUAGAAGCCUUAGGUCCGUGUUCUGCACGUGAAGCCGAUCGCUAA